AUCUCGUCGGGUAAUUUCUGUGUCAUAUAAUGCAUUUAAUACAAAUACACUGUGCCUGGUUAGUGAUUUCCAAUUAUAUUUGCGUAGACAGUGACCAGUGAUAAAAGUUGAGACCAUGAAGAGAAGCAAAGCAAAAGUGAACUCUUCAACAGAGAAGGAGUUUGUGUUUGAGUUCAGGGCAGGGAGGAAUAACUGUGUCCUCAAAGUACCCCUGCAGUUCCCUGUUGAUGAAAACGUUUGCGACUUGCAUGGACGCCUAAUGCUGCUGCACAAAAUACCCUGCUUCGUGGAGAAUGAGUUGAAGACGUUGCUGUCUAGCUUCAUAGAGAGAGAAACCGUCCAGGACUAUGACAGAGAUGCAGAGCAGGCACUGCAGAGACUAGCCUCAGGAGAGGUGGACCUCCACCAGCUCACUGACGCAUGGGCCAAGUCUUACUCAGAGACCACGCUGCAGCACACCUGUCCCGAGGAGCCCAGCUGGGACGAGGACUUCGCGGACGUGUACCACGAGCUCAUCCACUCGCCCGCCUCCGACACACUGCUCAACCUGGAGCACAACUACUUUGUCAGCAUCUCGGAACUCAUCAGCGAGAGGGACAUGGAGAUCAAGAAGCUGCAGGAGAGACAAGCAGGGGAGAUGGAAAAGGUCAUGCAGGAGUUGGGGAAGACCUUGACGGACCAGGACGUCAAUGCUGUGGCAUCUCAGCACUUUGACGCCCAGCAGGUGCUGGAAAACAAGUGGGCGAGUGAGCUGAAGCAGGUGUCCCAGAUCCAGAAGCAGGAGUACCAGGAGUGGGUGAUCAAGCUCCACCAAGACCUCCAGAACCCCAACAACAGCCAGAUCAAUGAGGAGAUCAAAGUGGCGCCCAGCCAGCUAGAGGAGCCGGUGGAGCCGGGGGACAGGAUGUGUGAGGAGCCGUCCCAGCUGGAGGAGAGCUUCACCAUCCACCUCGGUGCCCAGUUGAAGACCAUGCACAACCUCCGCCUGCUCCGUGCUCACGUGCUAACCUUCUGUAAGCACCGUCACCACGGCAGCAGCGGCACCAAACUGCGCCGCCUGCAGACGGCCCUGUCGCUGUACUCCUCCUCGCUCUGCAGCCUGGUCCUGCUGGUCGACAACAGGGUCAACUCCUACAGCGGCAUAAAGAGAGACUUUGCCACGGUGUCUCAGGAGUGCACAGACUUCCACUUCCCCCGGUUGGAGGGGCAGCUGCAGGUCAUCCAGCAGGUGCUGCUCUACGCCCGCGCCCAGAGGAGCAGCCGGCAGCGCCAUCAACCCGAGGCUCCUAGAAAUGGAGGCAGUGAAGAUAAGAACAAGAAUGUGGAGAGGAACCCCUCAAAUAUCCUACCAGGGGAGUUCUACGUGUCGCGCCACUCCAACUUGUCGGAGGUCCACAUCGUGUUCCACCUGUGUGUGGACGAUAACGUGCGCUCUGGGAACAUCACGGCCCGGGACCCCGCUAUCAUGGGCCUGCGGAACAUCCUGAAGGUGUGCUGCACGCACGACAUCACCACCAUCACUAUCCCUCUGCUGCUGGUCCACGACAUGUCCGAGGAGAUGACCAUCCCGUGGUGCCUGAAACGAGCUGAGCUGGUGUUCAAAUGUGUCAAAGGCUUCAUGAUGGAGAUGGCCUCAUGGGAUGGAGGUGUUUCCAGGACAGUCCAGUUCCUCGUGCCACAGAGUAUCUCCGACGACAUGUUCUACCAGCUUAGCAACAUGCUACCCCAGAUCUUCCGUGUGUCUUCCACCCUGACGCUGACCUCCAAACACUGAUGCCACGGGGUCCAGUACCACAGCCUCUGGACCCGACCGGAACAUUCCGGAUUCUCUCCGUCACAGUUAACACGUCCACCAUCCCAAACUGAAACCAACUACUGUACGGAACUGUUUUGAGUCCAUGCUGAAAGUAACUUGACACAAACUCCUUGACUUUCAGAUUAUCAAAAGUUUGAAGAGGUUAUGGAGCAAAAUCAGCCGCAAAUUUGGGGUUCGUUUUUUUUUCCGAUAAAUGAGUUUCAGAAAAUAUCAAUUUUAACAUCUUUUAAGUUUGUGAUCGAGGUUGGGGAGUAGAGAACCGAGCUCACUACCACAGGAGAUGAAAGGCACAGUAAAACCACAGGAGGAAUGCAAAUGAAUAAUCUCCCAGGUGCCGUCUGGAAAGAACCCCAGACUCUUACCUCCUGAAAGGACGGUCACUGCUGAGACAGGCAGUAUGUAGGUGUGCUUUUGUACUGCAUUGCAGUGAAUCUUAGUGUGGAAUGUUGUAGGUGGUCGCCCUUACAUCUGUGGGCCAGCAGAGGGCGAUGGUUCCAGUGACACAGACCCAAAUAAAAAAACUGCUGCUGCUGAUUGCAAGUAUAUGAAAGCUCUUGGAUCACCGCUGGAGUCAAGUCUCAUUAUUGUUUGGUCUCCUAUCCGAGAGCCUCAUUUCAACCACUAAUGGAUUGUGACUGUUGACAAUUGGCCAAGAUUUGUAGCUCUAUGCACGAAGGCCUGUAGCAUUAAGACGUAUGUUACUUCAAAAUGUGUAAUUAACCAUCAGAAUACUAUAUGUGACUCUUGUCUGAAAUUGUAAUAUGUUUGUAAAGAUUGUGCGUGUCCAACUGGUUUCAAGUUGUUCAUAAUCGCUCCAUGUGCACAUCUCCUCUCUCAAGCUUAUAUAUGUGGUUGGAAUUGCCUUCCUCCUUGUCUUUCUGCUGAGAUUAAGUCAUUUCAGAUGGAAGACAUCAUUCCUGUCUGUCAUGUGUUUUGCUGUGGCUUCAGUGACCGCUCAGAUACUAUUAAUAAUAUCUAAGAGUGCCGACCAUAACAGUGUCUUCUCCUGUAUCCUCUCAAAAACAAGAUGUCCGCCCCAACCCUGCCUGCCCCUGAGAGUCCAUGUCUCCUUCGCAGGCCUCCAGCGUGUCAUGUUCCAACCUGCUGCAGUGUUUAUACCGUGGUGACGACCCACACAACUGGAAGGAAAUGUGGCACUAGAUGCCUGGCGUUCCUGCCGUUGGUCUUGGUGGCCUGAGGUGUUGUGUUUCCUGGGGGGGACUGUGAACCAGGCUGCACACUCAGCACAAGGUCUCUCUCUCUGUCUCUCUCUCUGUGUCUCUCUCUCUGUCUCUCGCUCUGUGUCUCUCUUU